GGAUCCUGAAGAUCGAACACAGGAGGAAACAGGCCAGGCCAACACCAACAGUGGAGGCAGAACCCAGCCCGCUCUCAGCAACUGGACUGGCUUUCCCUACAUCUGUUCCUGGUCACCCAACAGUCCUUACUUCCUGUGCCCUGCGGCCUGGGAGAUAAUUAGCUGGAGAGAGGGAGGUGCUGAUACUGGGCAAGGUCCCACCCAGACGACUCACCAUGCACGCCCACUGCCCGUGGCUCCUCCUGAUUCUGGGACACGCGGCUUCAUACGGCCCAGCAAAAAAAUGGAUCGUUGAACAUCCCGAAACCCUCUUUGCCUGGGAGGGAGCCUGCAUCCGGAUUCCUUGCAAGUACCAAGUGCCCAAAUACGAUCAUACAGAGAUGCGUCUGGACAACAUCCUCCUUUUUCAGCGCUAUCAGUAUGACAGCGGGAAGUUCAAUGGCACUGUCCUGUACAACAACACAAAGACGGGGGACACAGAGACAGAGCUGUACCUGUCUCAACAAGGCAGAGUGACCUUUCUGGGAAACAGAAUAAACAACUGUACCCUGAAAAUCCACCCGAUAUAUGCCAAUGACUCUGGGAAGCUGGGCUUGAGGCUCACCUCAGGGACUGAGAAAUGGAUGGAGGAUAUUAACCUCAAAGUCUCUGAGAGACCGUUCCAACCUGAAAUCGACCUACCAUCAGAAAUCCAGGAAUACCAAAGUGUCACUCUGACUUGUGGACUGAAUUUCACCUGCUUUGGGUAUGAUAUCAACUUGAAGUGGUCCCUGGAAAAGUCUGAGAUCACCCCCAGCAUCUCUUCUGUCACCUCCUCUGUUAAGAAAGUCUCUACACAGAGCAUGCUCACCUUCCAAUCAGAGUGGACGGACAAUGGAAAGAGUGUGACGUGCCAAGUCCAGCACUCCUUCAAAGUACUCUCUGAGAAAACAGUGCAUCUGGAUGUUAAGUACACCCCAAAACUGAAGAUCGAGGUCAAUCCCACAGAGGUCAAGGAGGGCAACUCUGUGACCAUGACGUGCCAGGUUAUCAGCAGCAACCCGAAACUCAGGAAGGCAGUGGUGUCCUGGUUCAAGGAUGGACACCUCCUGCAGGAACAGGAAUGGGAAUGGGAACAGAAGCAGGAACGGGAUCAGACAGCCACGCUGACUCUGCAUCCAGUGACCAAGAACAUGACAGGGAAAUACCAGUGCCAGGCGUCCAACGUCGUAGGCCAAGGCCAGUCGGAAGAAGUGGCACUCACGGUGCUAUAUGCUCCAGAGCCCUCCAGGGUUCACAUCUACCACUCACCCGCUGAAGAGGGACAGUCCAUUGAGCUGAUUUGUGAGUCACUGGCCAGUCCGAGGGCCACAAACUACACCUGGUAUCACAACGGGAAAGCCGUACUUGGAAACACCCAAGAGAAGCUCCAGAUCCCUGAAGUCUCCCUGUGGCAUGCUGGGAGUUACUCUUGCUUGGCAGAGAACAAUCUGGGUCGUGGACAGAUUGACCAGGAAGCUGAACUGGAUGUACAUUAUACUCCCAAGAAUGUAACCACAGUGAUUCAAAGCUUCACACCAAUUCGGGAAGGAGACAGUGUGACCCUGGUCUGUAGGUACAACUCCAGCAAUCCAGUUGCCACCUCCUACAAAUGGAGCCCUCCGGGUUCUGGGAGUGAGCUCAAACCCGGAGUACUGAAGAUUCAGAAAGUGACAUGGAAUGCCAUGCCUGUCAAAUGUGCCGCCUGUAACUACGAUUGUUCGUGGGCCUUGCCUGUCAGCCUGAAUGUUCACUACGCCCCCAGAGCCGUGAAGGUACUGAAAGUGAGCCCCACCUCAGAGAUCCACGCCGGGCAGCGUGUCCUCCUCCAGUGCGUCUUCUCGGGGAGCCACCCGGCAGAGGUCCGCUUCUUCUGGAAGAAGAAUGGGAGUCUCGUGCAGGAAGGGAGAGACCUGAGCUUCAGCUCCAUCUCUCCAGAAGAUUCUGGAAAUUAUAACUGCGUGGUUAACAACUCCAUCGGAGAGACCUCGUCACAGGCCUGGAGCCUGCGAGUGCUGUAUGCUCCUCGGCGGCUGCGUGUGUCCAUCAGCCCCAGGGACAGCGUGAUGGAGGGGAAGAAGGCCACCUUGUCCUGUGAGAGUGACGCCAACCCGGCCAUCUUUCAGUACACCUGGUUUGACUCCAGAGGCCAAGACCUCCACUUCUCGGGCCAGACACUGAGACUGGAACCCCUGAGGGUCCAACACUCGGGUUCCUACCGCUGCCAAGGGACCAAUGAGCUAGGCGUGGGAGAGUCACCACCCACCACCCUCACCGUCUACUACAGUCCAGAGACCAUCGGCAAGCGUGUCGCCUUGGGACUAGGGUUCUGCCUGGCUAUCUGCAUCCUGGCCAUCUGGGGGAUGAAAAUCCAGAAAAAAUGGAAGCACAACCGGAACCAGCAGGGGCUUCAGGAAAAUUCCAGUGGCCAGAGCUUUUUUGUAAGGAACAAAAAGGCUAGAAGGAACCCUCUCUCAGAAGGCCCCCAAUCCCAGGGAUGCUACAAUCUGGCCAUGGAUGACACCGUGAGUUACGCCGUCUUGCGCUUUCCAGAGAGCGACCCACACAGCUCUGGAGAUGCAGGGACCCCAGCAACACAGGGUCCUCCUCCAAACGACGAUGACAAUGGCGACACAGUCACUUACUCGGUGGUACAGAAGCGGCACAUGGGUGACUAUGAGAAUGUGAGUCCAAGCUGCCCCGAGGAUGAGAGCAUCCAUUACUCAGAGCUGGUUCGGUUUGGGGCUGGCACACGGCCCCAGGCAAAGGAAGAGGUAGACUACGUGACCCUCAAGCACUGAGGUGGGCAGUGGCUGCAGCAGCAGGUUCUGGAGCCUGAAGAAGACAAUAACUUCUUCAGCUGCUGCGGCUCGGCUGCACAGGCACAGGCAGCUCCUGGGCACACACGCAGGCGCGCAUGCCUGCACGGUCAUCUAAACACCUGUGUCUGACCAGACCUAGCCAGCCUUCUCUGUACUGGUGAUCCUCCCCCUUCUCCUACGCCAGGCACCCACCACCCUCUGCUCCACCCGGGAGCCUCGCUUCAGCUGGAUGUGUUCCUGAUGCGAUUCACUAGGACCGUCAUUAACAUUUCUUCUUCCCCUUGAUACUUCACCCCACUCACUAUUCUUACUACCCGCUUUCUGGCCCUGGAGAGAAAUCCCCAGGAAGGACAAAAGUAAGGAAGCAAGAGGCACUGUCCCCAGCUGCCUUUUACUACCAAGAUGUCUUCAAGUGAGCCGAAACUUCUGUGGAGAUGGUGCCUUCCCUCAGGGGCCCUGGACGCUGAGCAGACGGAACGACAUGGAUAUAUAUAAAAAAAAUUCACUAAAUGCUUCAUACUAAAAAUGGCACAGCCGUCACUUGAAUUAUUCUGUGUUGGUGAUUGGUGUGAUUAGACUGGAAACCUAGAGACUGGAAUGGCCCCUUGGAUCCUGGAGGGAGGGGAAGAGACUCAGGGUAACAUCAGGGUCCCUAGGGGCACCGUUGUCUUGCAGUGUUGGUAUUCAACUGAGGGCUUCAUGCAUGCCAGGGGUGGUGGUUUGUAUAUACUUGGCCUAGGGAGUGGCACUAUUAGGAGGUGUGGCCUUGUUGGAGUAGGCGUGUCACUGUGGGCACGGGCUUUAGCCAGUCUUCUCCUAGCAGCUUUCAGAUGAAGAUGCAGAACUCUCAAGUUCCUCCUGCUCCAUGCCUGCCUGGAUGCUGCCAUGCUCCCACCUUGAUGAUAAUAGACUGAACCUGUAAAUCAGCCCAAAUUAAAUGCUGUUCUUUAUAAGA